AUGAUUUCGACAGCGCUCAUUUGGGCCUACAGCGCUGCAGGUGGCCUCGUUUCUGUUGCCUACACUGAUGUUGCGCAGGCAGCCAUUGGUUGGACAGGCUUCGUCGUUGGAACAAUUUGGAUUCAGCAGAACAUGCCGAAUUACCCUGGGGUAUCGGCUGCGUACCCGCUCGGAGAUAAGCCAGUCUUCUGGGAAGGCAUGAGCGAUGCCAACUCUUACGACCCCAUCCCGAACGCAAUCACAUUGAAUUGGGCUACGAUCAUAGUGCUUGCAUUCGGCAAUCUGAUGGCACUGGAUUUCCAGGCACGCUGCAUGGCCGCAAAGACCCCAAACAUUGCGCGUGCAGGCUGCAUAAUCGCCGGCCUCAUCGCCGGCUCGAUAGGAGUGUUGAACACUUUCAACGCAGGCACCACGCGCGCCCUGUACGGGCCAUCCUCACCCCAUGCGGAGUUUGUCGUGAACAGCUGCUCCGCAGACAUCACAGUCAUUGGGUGCUUCGGGGUCAAUUGCAAUGCUAUCCCUGUUCCCGGCGUGGGCACUUGCGGAGAGUGGAAGCCCGACCCCAAAGCCACUUUGAAGAUGCUCACUUGCUCGCACGAGGAUUGCCACCCUUUUCUCGAUCUCGAUGGAAGCGCUGGCUAUUCGCCCGGAACUGAGGCCAAUUUCCCCAUCAACAAGUUCAUUGGUGGGUGGAUGUUGAUGGGCAUUAUCGCGGCUUCGAUGUCGACCGCCGACGGGGCUAUCGUGGCCAUGGGCACCGUGUUCUCCCACAAUGUGAUUCGCAAGCUCGGGGGUGCACUGAGCAGUGACGCGAACCUCCUGACCCUCGCGCGCAUCUCGACCCUACUGUGGGCGGCGGUCGCAUGCGCCAUUGCGACCACGAAGCCGAACGAGACGGGCUACUUCCUGCUGAUCGCUUUCGACUGCGUGUUUGCUGGAGGUGUCGUGCCGUUGUUCGCUGCCGUCUACUGGAAGGGUUGCAAGCCGAUCGCGGCCUUCGCGGCGAUCGUCGCCGGCUCCAUUGUUCGCGGCGUGCUGGAGUUCACCCUGCCCAAGGACGACGGCUUGCUCUUGCUGGCGGGGUCGUUCGCCAAGACUUUCGGACCCGGGGUCAUCUACGACCCCAAAUUGGCAGACGCCGUGCUCGUCGAGGGGAGGAUCGCGGACAUGUGCCCUCAGGAGAACGGCCCGAGGACUGGACGGGCAUCGACUCCCUCGUCUCGCCGGUGGUGUCGCUUCUUGUGCUGGUGCUCGUGCACUUCUUGCCAAUCCCGAAUCCAUCGAGUUGGUGGUUCCAGCCCAACACGACGAUCUCCGAGUCCACGGCUGUCGAGGAGCCCAACGACGGGGACGACCAGAAGACGGAGAGCAUCUGAGGCGGCCGUGGAGUUGUGA